AUGGAUUCCAACACCCCGACAGACCGUUCCACACUUCCAUGGGAAGAAGAACCUGCAAACGAAAGUCAGAUGAAUGGCGCUCAACCACCGCCUCAAGACACUGCGUCUCAACCGGGCCAAGGUCAGAUUGGUAAUCCAGAAAAUCCUGAGCAACAACUCGCUUUUUCAAUCGGUACAAUGUUUAUAAUCGCUCCUCAAGGUGGAGGAGGGGCUGAUGGAAAUGAAAAUGAAAACUUUAUUAACCCAUUCCAGCCUCCUGUGAAACGUGCUCUUAAAGAGGCUUGGGAUUCUUUUGAGGAUGUUGCUUCUGAGCAACUUCCUGAUCAAAGUUGUCCCAUUUGCUAUGAUGAUAUGAAUGUAGAUGAAGAAACCAGAGCUACUCGUAUGCCUUGUGGUCAUAUUUUUGGUAAAAAUUGUCUAAAAAUUUGGCUUGAAGAUCAUUGUAGUUGCCCUCUUUGCCGUAAGGAAGUACCACAUGAAACGAUCGGCUCUUCUCAUCCGCCUAUUCUAUUUAUCAUUCCCCAUUCCAACCAGCGCCCCCCAAAUCAAGGAGAGAAUGCCGAGCAAAGUAAUGCCGAACAAAUUCCUGCUGAAAACACCAAUCCUCUCCUUUCACUCGCGCAACAACAUCGUCCAGAAGGCGCCGAAGCCACCCCUGCAAACGAGACAAACGAGGGUACCCCUACUCCUCCUCGUAUCGCUUUCAAUCGUAUACGUUUUGUCCUUGCGCCCCAUCGUACGCCUCAGCCAACGGAGACGGCGUCUGACUCUCCAUCCACACCUCAACCAGCACAACAAAAUUCCGUUGAUUCCGAUCCUAACGCUCCGUCGACGGAGCCUGCUCCAUCGGGAUCUUCGCUUCCUCGCCCGCCUGUUACCUUGACAUCUCUCUUCAAUUCUUUUCUUUCUAAUCCUUUGGAUCGUAACUUGCCCUCCAUGCGAACAGAUUCUCCCUCCAGUGCAGAACCUCAAAGUGCUCAGCCGGCAGAGCAUCAAAACACAGAAGUCGGUGCUGCUCGGCCUAUUGAACCAUCAACCCUAGUUCAGCCUCCAAAUAUUAUGAACUUUCCUCCCUUCACUCCUUCUAAUUUUGCUCCGCCUGCUCAACCAAAUGCUGCUCAAACACCCGAGUCGGCGGGUGCUCCUGGUCAGCCAUCAAGUCAAUUUAUUACUUUCCACGGGCUACCUUCUCUUGGGGAUUUGCCUACUGUCUUGGAAAGCUUGCUUCGUCCCAAUGGAUUGUUAAAUCUUCAAAACCGUGCUCAGCAACCUCAGAGCGCGGAAGGACAACCCGUGGUUGGCAGUGAGGGAAAUGCGGAGAAUAUGAAUGAACAAGAACAACGUACUACUACCGUAGAACCUUCUGAAGAAGAUCGCGCAAGACCUGAAGGAUCUCGUACUGCGAAUCCUAUGAUUCAUAUCUAUUUCUUCCGUCCACCAAACGCUGAUGGCACUGUUGCUACUCCAACAAACGCUGGGGAAACUGAAUCCAGUAAUGUUGAAUCGAAUGAAGAUCGCAACGUAACCGAAAGUGGCAGAGAUACUUCUGUGGAAAACAAUGAGAAUCGUACUAGUUUAUCUUCGGCUCUUCCCGCUGGCUUGAGACACCUUAGUGAAAUGGGUCAGCGCAUUGUCCGAAGAUUCCAAGAAGAGUUUGAAAAUCGUGUACGUCAAACGACCGAACAACCUCAGCAGGAGCAGACCACUAGCGAUGCGGAAGCUUCCCGCAGUCAACAUAAUUCCAACAUUACCGUCACUAAUGCUUCUCCAUCGCAAUCUGAGAUUCCUUCAGUUGAACCAGCUGGUGUUGUCGACGAAGACAAUAGGGUUGGUCGAGCCUCCGUUUCUACUCCGUCGGAAGCAGUUACUAGUGACGGAGAAACGAGCAGAGUCCCAUCAGGAGCUAGUACUCCUCGUAUGGCAGCUCCUGUCGCACGCAGGAGCGUUCGCCACCAUCCUUACAGUCGUCCAUCAUCUACUAAACUCCAUUGUCAAUAUGAAGAUCAAGGUAGCUGUAAUCCAAACGAUAGAUUUCUACAUUUUGAAUGUGGUCAUCAUGUACAUGAAUCUUGUUACCGUGAUUCGCCGGAGAAUGGACAAAUGGAUGAGGUUGACGAGCAAUGUCCAAAAUGUCGCCAGCAGAAUGAAAAAUAA